UCCUGUACCCCUGGUGGAGAAGGCAGCUGGCUGCGACUGCAACCCCGACGCUGUGCCAGCGUCGCAGUGCCAGGAAUCCUAAAACCAAACUAUUAGAAGGAAAACAGAAACAUGGCUUACCUUAUGACAUUUCUUUGGAUAGUUUUGGUCCUGCUUCUCCAGAAUUCUGUAUCAGCUGAGGAUGAGGAAAUAAGAUCAAGUUGUCGUACUGCUCCAACAGAUUUAGUUUUCAUCUUAGAUGGUUCAUACAGUGUUGGCCCAGAAAACUUCGAAAUAGUAAAAAAGUGGCUUGUCAAUAUCACAAAAAACUUUGACAUAGGACCAAAGUUUAUUCAGGUUGGAGUGGUGCAGUAUAGUGACUAUCCUGUACUGGAGAUUCCACUUGGAAGCCAUGACUCAGGAGAGAACUUGAUGGCAGCGAUGGAUUCCAUACACUACUUGGGAGGAAACACACGGACUGGCAAGGCUAUCCAGUUUGCACUUGAUUACCUUUUCGCCAAGUCCUCACGAUUUCUGACUAAAAUAGCAGUAGUACUUACGGAUGGUAAAUCUCAAGAUGAAGUCAAAGAUGCAGCAGAAGCUGCAAGAGAUAAUAAAAUAAUAUUAUUUGCCAUCGGUGUUGGUUCAGAAACAGAAGAUGCAGAACUUAGAGCUAUUGCCAACAAACCUUCAUCUACUUACGUGUUUUAUGUGGAAGACUACAUUGUGAUAUCCAGAAUUAGGGAGGUGAUGAAGCAGAAACUGUGUGAAGAAUCUGUCUGUCCAACACGAAUUCCAGUGGCAGCUCGAGAUGAGAAGGGGUUUGAUAUUCUUUUAGGCUUGGGUGUAAAGAAAAAGGUUAAGAAAAGAAUCCAGCUUUUACCAACAAAGAUAAAAGGAUAUGAAGUAACAUCAAAAGUUGACUUAUCAGAAUUCACAAGCAAUGUUUUCCCAGAAGGUCUUCCUCCAUCAUAUGUAUUUGUCUCUACUCAGAGAUUUAAGGUCAAGAAAAUGUGGGAUUUGUGGAGAAUUUUAACCAUUGAUGGAAGGCCACAAAUAGCAGUUACCUUAAAUGGUGUGGAUAAAACUUUACUAUUUACAACAACCAGCGUGAUUAAUGGCUCACAAGUGGUCACUUUUGCUGACCCUCGAGUUAAGACAUUGUUUGAUGAAGGCUGGCAUCAAAUUCGUCUCUUAGUAACAGAAGAGGAUGUAACUCUGUAUAUCGAUGAUCAACAAAUUGAAAUCAAACCCUUACAUCCAGUUUUAGGGAUCUUUAUCAGUGGGCAGACCCAAAUUGGAAAAUACUCUGGGAAAGAAGAAACUGUUCAGUUUGAUGUCCAAAAGUUGCGAAUCUACUGUGACCCGGAACAGAACAAACGGGAGACAGCAUGUGAGAUUCCCGGAUUUAAUGGUGAGUGCCUCAAUGGUCCCAGCGAUGUAGGUUCAACUCCAGCUCCCUGUAUUUGUCCUCCGGGAAAACCAGGACUACAAGGCCCCAAAGGUGACCCUGGACAGACUGGGAGCCCUGGCUACCCUGGACAGCCUGGUCAAGAUGGUAAGCCUGGAUAUCAGGGAAUGCCAGGAUCCCCCGGUAUCCCCGGAUCCCCAGGAAUACAAGGAGCACGAGGACUACCAGGUUACAAAGGAGAACCAGGGAGAGAUGGUGAAAAGGGUGACCGUGGACUUCCUGGUUUUCCUGGGCUUCAUGGAAUGCCAGGAUUAAAGGGUGAAAUGGGCCCCAAAGGAGACAAAGGAUCACCUGGAUUUUAUGGCAAAAAGGGUGCAAAAGGUGAAAAGGGGAGUGCUGGUUUUCCUGGCCAUCCUGGACGUGCUGGAGAACCAGGACGCCAUGGAAAGGAUGGAUUAAUGGGUAUUCCUGGUUACAAGGGAGAGGCAGGCCCUCCAGGUGCUCCAGGGCAAGAUGGACCACGGGGAGAGCCUGGAAUCCCAGGAUUUCCUGGAAACCAAGGAUUAAUGGGACAAAAGGGAGAAAUUGGGCCUCCAGGACCAUUAGGAAAAAAAGGAGCUCCAGGGAUACCUGGUUCAACGGGAAGUGCUGGCUCACCAGGUCAUCCUGGAAAUCCAGGAUCUAAGGGGAACAAAGGUGAACCUGGACUUCAAGGGAUGCCUGGGACUUCUGGGCUCAAGGGAGAACAAGGAGCAGUGGGCCCCCAGGGAGAACCAGGAUACUUGGGUUUACCUGGAAUUCAAGGAAAAAAGGGGGACAAGGGAAAUCAAGGUGAAAAAGGCUUUCAGGGUCAAAGGGGAGAGAAUGGAAGACCAGGAAUUCCAGGGCAACAGGGAAUUCAAGGUCCUCAUGGUGCAAAAGGAGAGAAAGGUGAAAAGGGAGAACCUGGUGUCAGAGGUGCCAUUGGACCAAAGGGAGAAUCUGGGAUGGAUGGCUUGAUUGGGCCUAUGGGUCCCCAGGGACAACCUGGGGAAACAGGUCCUCAGGGACCUCCAGGAUUGGAUGGGAAGCCUGGAAGAGAAUUUUCAGAACAGUUUAUUCGACAAGUUUGCACUGACGUAUUAAGAGCUCAGCUACCAGUCUUACUUCAGAGUGGAAGAAUUCGAAAUUGUGAUCGUUGCCAGUCUCAACAUGGUUUUCCUGGAACUCCUGGGCCUCCUGGUCCUGUAGGCCCAGAAGGUCCCCGAGGAGUUCCUGGUUUGCCAGGAAGAGACGGUGCUCCUGGACUAACAGGCGCUCCUGGACACCCAGGUGCCAGAGGAUUGAAAGGCUUACCGGGAAUAAAUGGGGCAAAGGGGAGCCAAGGUUUUGGGUACCCUGGAGAGCAAGGUCCUCCUGGCCCACCAGGUCCAGAGGGCCCUCCUGGAAUAAGCAAAGAAGGUCCUCCAGGAGACCCAGGUCUCCCUGGCAAAGACGGAGAUCAUGGAAACCCUGGCGUCCAAGGGCAACCAGGUCCCCCUGGCAUCUGCGAUCCAUCACUGUGUUUUAGUGUCAUUGUCGGAAGAGAUCCAUUUAGAAAAGGACCAAACUAUUAAGUGUCUAAUGCCUCAUUCAGCAGCCUAGGCAUGGUGCUUUUCUUUUAUGGUCUUUUGCAUCUCAGGAAGAUAACAAAUGGUAAUCCCUUGAAAAGAAGCUAAAGUACCUCGGUGUUUUUAUUGUUAUUUUUUUCUUAAGGAAAAAGAUAUGAAAGGUCACAUAUACUGAUCUUGAAGGAUCCUCAGUAAAUUGGAGCCUUUAGAUUAGUUGCAUUAACUAAAUCUCAAGGGUUUCUUGUAAGCCCAUUUGUUUUAAUCCAAGUUGAAUAUAAAAAACCACCAUUGCCUCUUAGCUGGUCCAUUUCAGCCACUGUGAAAUAUUUCACAUGCAGCCUCCAUGCAGCAGAGUAUUCAAGUUCAUGUCUGUGUGAAUUCCAUGUUUCAU